AUGAACAAUGCGUCAAAAAAAAAAUCAUCCAAACAAGAAAAGAGUUUUCGAGGAGAUAUAAAUCAUGGUAUAACUUCAUUUAAAGCUGUAUUAAACCAAGAAGUUUGUUUUGAGGAUGACAAUAAAGAACAAAAACUUAAUAAUUUAUCCAUGGAGGACUUGAAUACUAAAGUUAAUCAGUAUAAUUCAUUGUACUUGGAAAAUAAAAUCAAUGUAGAUAAUGCAUUUGAUAUAGAUUUAAUCAGUUGUGUACAACAAAUGGUAAAGAGAUCUAAAAAAACGGAUAUUUCGAAAAUUAGUAAUACAUUUGAUGCCAUUAGUAAGGUGUACUCAUGUAGAGUUGAUUAUGUUUUAAAGACUGGUAAUAAAUUAAUUAAAGAAUUUGUGGCAGAAACCAAAAACAAAAAGCUUGUUAAAGAGAAAGAGAAUGAGACAAAAACAAAACAAAAAUCUAGAAAAAAACUAAUGUUAACAACAGCAGAAAAGUUACGCUCUAAAGACAAAGAAAUGCUACCUAGAAAACAUUUUUUCAAUGUUAAUUUUAACAAUGAUGUGAUUGACUAUGCAAAACCUUCAAGAAUAUUGAUGAAUAGAUAUUCUAAUGACACUUAUUGGCCAGAAUACAAUGUUUCCAACAAUGUUCCAAAAGUGAAUGAAAAUCAACAAGAAACAUAUUAUAAAAUGGAAAAUUUAAGUAAUUUAAUCAAAAACGGAAAAAUUUGUCCGUCAUUUCAUAAAUUUAUUGCUGAAUGUGAUAAAAGUACGAAUUGUGAUGAUGACACUGACAUAAGCAAAUUAGAUAAUAUUCAAACACAUUUUAGUCAAGAAACAUCUACAUUUUGUGCUAACAAUUCUGAAGAAACUGAUGAUUCAAUGGAUGAAGAUUUUAACAAACCAAAUUCAGAAAUAAUAGUACAUACAAGUCCAGGACCAUCUAAUCAGAAUAGUAAUCAAUUUGGUAAACCGGAAAAUUUAGGUGGGUUGUAUUACUGUUAUAUUUAUUUAAAAAAAUAA